GACCGUUGAGCUCCUGGAGGGCUAGGCUGUCGGCGCGAGUCCGCUCGAGCCUAGGCGUCGGGGCGCGCGCAGACGCGUACCGGUGACCCCCGCCUACCCUGCCCGUCUUUCUGAAGGGAUAAUUAAAAAGGUGUGCUGGACGCCUAGUAGUCUUCUGGAGAAUUUGCUCGUCAUUUGCCAAAGUCUUAAGAUUUCCACAGAGAGGGUGGUUGGCCUCAAGCCAAAAGAGCAGAGGUGGAGGGAAGAGACCAGGUGGAGAAAGAGGAAAGAAUGUUAAGUAACAGCCACUAAACCAAAGGAAGGCUUCCCACUGUUGCUCUAACCCUCACUGGAAAUCUUAGCAAACUUGGGAAGACUGGCCUGGCCACCACUGACAGCUUGGUGACCUGCCAGGAUCAUGGAUUUUCCUGGACACUUUGAACAGAUCUUCCAGCAACUGAACUACCAGAGACUUCACGGUCAGCUCUGUGACUGUGUCAUUGUAGUGGGGAAUAGACAUUUUAAAGCCCACCGAUCUGUACUGGCAGCAUGCAGCACGCAUUUCCGAGCCCUGUUCUCCGUGGCAGAGGGAGAUCAGACCAUGAACAUGAUCCAGCUGGAUAGCGAGGUAGUGACAGCGGAGGCCUUUGCUGCACUGAUUGACAUGAUGUACACCUCCACCCUCAUGCUGGGGGAGAGCAACGUUAUGGAUGUCUUAUUGGCAGCCUCUCACCUGCAUUUGAACUCUGUCGUUAAGGCAUGUAAACAUUACUUAACGACAAGGACGCUGCCCAUGUCUCCCCCCAGUGAGCGCGUCCAGGAGCAGAGUGCCCGCAUGCAGCGCUCCUUUAUGCUGCAGCAGCUGGGGCUGAGCAUCGUGAGCUCGGCCCUCAAUUCCAGCCAGAGUGGCGAGGAGCAGCCAGCCCCCCUGAGCUCGUCGAUGCGCAGCAACCUGGACCAGCGGACACCCUUCCCCAUAAGACGCCUUCAUAAACGCAAGCAGUCUGCAGAGGAGCGGGCCAGACAGCGCCUCCGACCCACCAUGGAGGAGGCCGCCAUCGCUGACGUCACGCCAGAGAACGGGCCGUCAGGGGUCCAUUCUCGGGAGGAGUUCUUCUCACCAGACUCCCUGAAAAUGGUGGAUAACCCUAAGGCUGACGGAAUGACCGACAACCAGGAAGAUAGUGCCAUCAUGUUUGACCAGUCUUUCGGUGCUCAAGAAGAUGCCCAGGUGCCCAGCCAGUCUGACAACAGUGCCAGCAACAUGGCCCAGUUGUCCAUGGCCUCUCGUGCAACUCAGGUGGAGACCAGUUUUGAGCAGGAAGCUGCGACCGAGAAAAGUGGUUUUCAGUGUGAAAAUCCUGAGGUUGGCCUUGGUGACAAGGAACACAUGAGAGUGGUGGUUAAAUCUGAGCCCCUGAGCUCUCCUGAGCCUCAGGAUGAAGUGAGUGACGUGACCUCACAGGCAGAAGGCAGCGAAUCUGUGGAAGUGGAAGGGGUUGUGGUCAGUGCCGAGAAGAUAGACCUCAGCCCUGAAAGUAGCGAUCGGAGUUUCUCGGAUCCCCAGUCUAGCACUGACAGGGUAGGUGACAUCCAUAUUUUGGAAGUCACAAAUAACCUAGAACAUAAAUCGACUUUUAGCAUCUCGAAUUUUCUUAACAAGAGCAGAGGAAGUAACUUUAGUGCAAAUCAGAACAAUGAUGAUAACAUCCCAAACACCACCAGUGACUGCAGGUUGGAGGGCGAGGCCCCUUAUUUGUUGAGUCCAGAGGCUGGGCCUGCUGGCGGGCCCUCCUCGGCCCCUGGCUCUCACGUGGAGAACCCAUUCAGUGAGCCUGCGGACUCCCACUUUGUCAGGCCUAUGCAGGAAGUGAUGGGCCUGCCCUGUGUGCAGACUUCAGGCUACCAAGGAGGAGAACAGUUUGGGAUGGAUUUUUCCAGGUCCGGUUUGGGCCUCCACUCCUCCUUCUCCAGGGUCAUGAUGGGCUCCCCAAGAGGAGGAGCCAGUAACUUUCCGUACUACCGACGCAUAGCUCCCAAAAUGCCGGUUGUAACUUCUGUCAGGAGCUCCCAGAUCCCAGAAAACUCUGCCGGUUCCCAGCUAAUGAUGAAUGCGGCCACGUCCUCGUUUGAGAACGGCCAUCCUUCGCAGCCUGGCCCUCCGCAGCUGACCAGGGCAUCUGCUGACGUUCUGUCAAAGUGCAAGAAGGCCUUGUCAGAGCACAACGUCUUGGUCGUAGAGGGGGCUCGCAAGUACGCCUGCAAAAUCUGCUGCAAGACUUUUCUGACCUUGACAGAUUGCAAGAAGCACAUCCGUGUUCACACAGGUGAAAAACCCUACGCCUGCCUCAAGUGCGGCAAGAGGUUCAGUCAGUCCAGCCACCUGUAUAAACAUUCAAAGACCACCUGCCUGCGCUGGCAGAGCAGCAACCUGCCCAGCACUUUGCUCUAACCCCGACCUCCUGAGAUCACGCCGACGCCAGCUGCGGGACCGAGGCCAUCAUCUCCUCUGGUUGGUGGUUCACGCCGUCGGGGCGGAGGCUUCAGGCCGCCCAGUGGCUCCGCAGAUUCCUGUGGCUGGUACGUGGGGAGCGAGUACGUGUAGCACGUAUGCUGCUGCAUUUCCGAGUGAAAUGCACACUUUUGGAGAGGGACGUGGUCCCUGAAACCAAGUUCUUCCUUAGGGUUGAGUAAUUCAGUCAGAAAGUAGUUUGUAAUUGAUGGUGUGAAAAGUGGCACAUUUAAAAAUUAAGAAUUGAAGUGCAAAAAAAUUUUUUUAGCAAUUUUUGUAAAACUCUGUGAAGCAUUUAAUUAAAUUUCCUAUAUCCUCUGAGGGGAAUAUUAUAUAUCUGUACGGUGAUGCAAAAUGCACUUACGUGUAACCAGUGGCGAUCUCGUGCCUGUCUGAAAGGAAGGCCCUUGAGGACACGCCUGUCCGCCACGAAUGCUUUAAAGUGUAUCAUGAGCUAGUCCUAGGCCUCAGAAAGUACUGUAUUUUAAAUUUCCGUCUCAUUUGCAGUCACAGACACUGCACUUUGAUGGUGCUGACACUGGGUCCAGAGCGAGCGUUCUCCGGACCGUUAGGUGUACAUACUUUUGAAAACAUCACUGCUGGAUAGAUGUUUGAACAAUUUCUCCUGCUUUUCAAAGCAGAGCUGUAAAUGGAGUAUGUACUUGUAGGGAGUGACAAGUGAGGUAUUGUUUCUGUAUGUGCUGUUUUAGUGGGGUCUUAACCAACUUGUGUCACAUAUGUUACAGUUCCAUGUUUGGAAGUCAGAAAAGAGCUGGUAUUUGUCUUUGUUUUAAUGGUGUGGAGUCCUGUUUUGUGGGAUCUUUCAUGGCGCAUUUACCCUGCGCUCCAUCCAGGCUUCGGGGGCCGGGCCAGCCUGACACAUCUCACCCAGCGACAAGCCCAUUCUCUGCUUCGCUUCUUCACACUCUCUUGCCUCGUGUGGCAUCUUUCCCAGGCCUACGUUACUGUUUUUGUUGCAGACUAACCAAAAAUGAUGUUAACCCCCUCCACCGUGGGUUUUAUUACUUUUAUAUACUGUAGUUUUAAAGUGUAGACCUGAGCUUUUCCUGUUGUUUCCCCCACCCAAUACUGAAUGUUUAAAAUCCAAACGUAGCAGUGUUCCCAGAUAACUCUUUUCCAGACUCUGUAAGAGAGCUGGGCAGCCCAGAGCCUGGCAGUCACCAGGCAGCACCGGACACUGAGGAGACAUCUGGGCCACUGCCCGGGGGCUCUCUGGGCCCCAGGGCCUCGCUUUCCCAGCCCCUCCUGCGCUGUCAGGGCUGCUGCUGGCACCUGUGUUAGGUCGAGCCCUGGCUUCUGUGCCUCGAGGGGGACGUGCCUCUGUAGAGCUCGUGAAGUCAGUGUAAUUCAUGCACGAACAGGAGUUCAGUUUUUACACAGCUCUUUUAGAGACACCAAACCAUUGUGCAUAAUCGAGAGAAAUCCUUCCUUUGUUUAGCAAGCUAAGUACGUGUAGCCUGAAACAAUCGGCAUGGGUUUUCUCCCCUGAAUCUAGCGUGUGCAGUUACACACCUGUCUGUGGAUAAAAUCCUAACGUUCAGAGUCGGGCUCAGCAUCGACCUGUGAACUGAGCCCCAGGGAGAAAAGCCAAAAGAGAAACUUCUGUGAUUCCUCUCCUUUCCAGAUGUGGGAAAGAGACCGUCGGAGGAUAGGGGAUCACGUGUGUGUGGCUUUUGUCAGCGGUCUUGAUGUGAGGAGGCUCUACAUCUACCCCUCUACUUGACGUGGGGACCGGUGUCUUGUGAGGACAUUAACCUUGGGAGGCAGGUAGGUCAAGGUGGAGCACAAGAGAGGCCCUACCUAGGCCCAGGGAGAGGAACCGGUAGCAAUGGGGAGAGCAGUGCCAGCCUCCUUUCCCUUCCAGCUUGAGGAGGAGGUGCCAGGAGGCUGCGCCCUCACCUCAGCUCAGGCUUAAGUGGACUUUGCUUUAGGGCCUGUCUCUGACACAGCGGCUGGAGCCCUGUCUCUCCACUGCUAGAUGGAAUCUGGAAUCUCUCAUCUACCUCUUAGUCGGUUUCUAUGUGUGAGAAGCAAGCUUUUGGGCCAGUGUCCUCAUACAUGCUGUAGAACUUAGAAAAUAAUUCAGAGGUUCCCUGUAAAACCAGUCUCAGGGUUCCUAUGAUCCGAAGUUUCUACCUGAAUUAUAACUGGUAUUGGGUACCUGGAUUUUGAUUGGUUAGCCUUAAUUACAGCCUGGCGUAAUCAUUUCUGGUGAUCAAAUCAUAAAGUUCUUUCAGGGCACCCCUGUCAGUGGUGCUAUGCUGGUCAAAUUUUGAGAUUUUGAAAUAAAAAAUUUGUCACAUACAUGCCUCUAACUAAACGUGUUCUUUUUCUUCACUUAGGUUAUUAAGGUUGACACAAGACAGGGAAGUAGUAUGGCUUUCUCUGCUAACGCUGCCUUGACCGGUACUUUUUAAAUAAAAAACCCAAACCUCCUACCAAACACUCCUCACGCGGUCACUCACAAUUAUCGGUCACUCCCCUCAGUUCAGUCCCUCUGCGCUCCCUGCACUCUGUCCGUCUUGGAGGCGAGGACAUGCGUGAGGCUUUGUUCUCCGCACACCCUGUCCUCCUCUUAGCCAGCCUGCUUAAUCCUGUGCUUUCUGCCGCUCCCUUACCUGCCUCCCAGGGUGAAAGCUCCGUGUGCCAGUUUGGCUUGGCGGGGAAGAGCCGGAACCUGAUUCCUUCAGCAGGAGC